AUGCGGGAAAACAAGGUCGGCAAAACAACGAUUUCGAAUUACUUAGCCGACGCAACGGAUAUGCAAUCCGAGUACAGACCUACGAAAGGCGUGAGAAUAUUGGAAUUUGAAGUUUCUGGAGUAAAAGUUAAAAAUGUCACGAGCAAAGUCGACGUUGAAUUAUGGGACUGCAGCGGGGACCGAAAGUAUGAAAAUUGCUGGGCGGCUAUGCGAAAAGACGCGAUUGGCGUUAUUUUUGUAAACGGGCGGCACGCCGACGAGCAUCAUCUACGCGAUCUUGAACGAAUGUACGAUUACUUCGUCGCUAAACCAAAAAUCGAGCCGAAAAGUUGCGUGGUUUUUCAUUAUGAUCUGGAAAAAGUUCGAAACUCCGAAACCACUAAAAAUUUUCUGCCAUCGAUUUUUGGAAGAAUUUCACAAGUAGCGUGCAACGUGGACGAAGGCGGUGCGAAACUGAAGACCGAUUUUCUGGCUUUUCUGAGCACGCUUACGACGAGAAGACAAGAAAAAACAGAGCAGGAAGAGAGAAACAUCAUGAGGGACACCGGCGGUAUAUUUCCCUUGAAAUAA